AUGGCGGGAGCUCUGCUCUGUGUCCUGCUCCUCUUGAGGCUCUCGGACAGCAGUGAGGGCAAGAAUGAGGAGUUGCGACUUUAUCAUCAUCUCUUCGAAAACUAUGACCCAGGAAGCCGACCGGUGAGAAGGCCUGAAGACACUGUCACCAUCACCCUCAAGGUCACCCUGACCAAUCUCAUUUCACUGAACGAGAAAGAGGAGACCCUCACUUCCAGUGUCUGGAUUGGAAUUGGUUGGCAUGAUUACCGACUCAACUACAGCAAGGAGGACUUCGGGGGCAUAGAAACGCUGCGGGUCCCUUCAAAACUCGUGUGGCUACCAGAGAUUGUGCUGGAAAACAACAUUGACGGCCAGUUUGGCGUGGCCUACGAAGCGAACGUGCUAGUCCUGGAGGGCGGCCAGGUGACCUGGUUGCCCCCAGCCAUCUACCGCAGCACCUGCGCCGUGGAGGUCACCUACUUCCCCUUCGACUGGCAGAACUGCUCCCUUGUGUUCCGUUCUCAGGCGUACAGUGCCCAAGAGGUGCAGUUCAUCUUUGCCGUGGACGAUGCUGGCGAGACCAUCAACAAGAUCGAGAUAGACACUGAAGCCUACACGGAGAACGGCGAGUGGGCCAUAGACUUCUGCCCGGGGGUGAUCCGCCGCCACGACGGAGGCUCAGCUGGCGGCCCAGGGGACACCGAUGUCAUCUACACGCUCAUCAUUCGCCGGAAGCCGCUCUUCUACAUCAUUAACAUCAUCGUGCCUUGCGUGCUCAUCUCGGGCCUAGUGCUGCUCGCCUACUUCCUGCCUGCACAGGCCGGCGGCCAGAAAUGCACUGUCUCCAUCAACGUCCUGCUCGCCCAGACCGUCUUCCUGUUCCUGAUUGCCCAGAAAAUCCCAGAGACGUCUUUGAGCGUGCCCCUGCUGGGCAGGUACCUGAUUUUCGUCAUGGUCGUUGCCACGCUCAUCGUCAUGAACUGCGUCAUCGUGCUCAACGUGUCACUGCGGACGCCCACUACUCACGCCAUGUCCCCGCGUCUGCGCCAUGUUUUACUGGAACUGCUGCCGCGCCUCUCGGGCUCGGGGCCGCCUCCCGAAGCUCCGCGGGCAGCCUCGCCACCGAGGCGGGCGUCUUCUGUGGGCAUCCUGCUGCGCGCAGAGGAGCUGAUUCUAAAAAAGCCGCGCAGUGAGCUCGUGUUUGAGGGGCAGCGUCACCGUCACGGGACCUGGACUGCUGCACUCUGCCAAAGCCUGGCCGCCGCCGCCCCCGAGGUCCGUUGCUGUGUGGAUGCUGUGAACUUCGUGGCUGAGAACACACGAGAGCAGGAGGCCACUGGCGAGGAGGUGUCCGACUGGGUGCGCAUGGGGAAGGCCCUGGACGGCGUCUGCUUCUGGGCUGCACUGGUGCUCUUCAGCUUGGGCUCCGGCUUCAUCUUCCUGGGGGGCUUCCUCAACCGGGUGCCCACCCUGCCCUUCCCACCGUGCACAGAGACCUGA